AUGGACGUCACUUCCCUAUCGAUGGUGUUGGACCCGUCCACCAACCGCAAGAUCAUCAACUCCAGCUACAGAAUCAUCAAGAAAAUUGGCCAGGGCCAGUACGGCAAAGUCCUCUUGGGAGAAGUGAUACGAGACCCCAAAAACGACACCGCCAACAGCAAAGUCCCCAUACGAAGUGACACAGUCGCCAUCAAGACCAUCAACCGUAUAGACAAGUCCAAACUCAUCACCAAAUCGUACCUCUCCCAGACCACCAAAAUCAAACGUGAAAUCCAGAUCAUGAAGGAGUGCAAUCAUCCUAACGUCGUCAAGCUCUACCAGGUAAUAGACGACCUCAAAUUUGACAAGAUCCUCUUGAUUCUUGAAUACUGCAAGUUUGGCGAAAUCGACUGGAAGCACUACAACCACUACUACGAGAAGUACCAGACUCACUACGACCGAAAACCCUUGACCAUCAACAAGAUCUUGCGAGACGUUGUUAACGGGCUAGAAUACCUCCACGACUUCAAAAAAAUCAUCCAUAGAGACCUCAAGCCGUCCAAUCUUCUCAUUGCUGAAGACAACACCAUCAAAAUAUCGGAUUUCGGGGUGAGUUUGAUCUUGCAGAACAACGCAGAUGAUCAAAAGGAGCUCAGCAAGAUCAUGGGUACUCCUAUCUUCUACGCUCCAGAAUUGUGCCAAUUUGUGAAUAACAGAUUAUCCCUAAUCUCCAAAGAAGAUAGUAAUCAAGUUAAGAAAGUGAGCAUUGACAAACGAAUCGAUAUUUGGUCACUAGGUGUCACACUCUACUGCUUGAUAUUUAACGAUCUUCCAUUCAAUGGUUUUAAUGAGUUUGAGUUAUUCAAGAACAUUGUCAGAGAAGAGUUGAAGUUUCCAAAGAUCAAACAAACCUCACGAGUAACGGAUAGCGAUGUCAAGGAGUUGAAGUUGCUAAAAGAUUUAAUCAGGAAACUACUCACCAAAAACCCUGAUGAUAGAAUUAGCUUGGAAGAGAUCAAAAACCAUCAGUUUACAACUUAUGAUUUGAAUCCAGGAGAAAGACGAUCGUUUUUAAACUUGAACAAUAACUUGUUCACGGCCAAGUUGGUUACGCAAGAGCUUAAGAAGGAAGCCAUAUCCACAGAUGCUUCCAACAUUGACCUUUCAACCAAAAUCAAAAAACUCUUUGGUGCUGGGCCCAAAAAGCCUGCUAAGGAUCCCGAGACCAGCUCCAUACUGUCCACGGUAAGCGAGAAUACUGCAGCACCAAUCUCUUCGGUUGAUAUAAAGAAUCUCGAGCCCUUGGACGAUCUUCUCGAUUCAUACUUGGACGACUCGUCCUCGUUCACCAGUGAUAUUGACGAGGAGGAUGUUGUGGUCGAUACUACCAAUAUCACUUCAUCUCCGAAAACGGCAGUUUACGGAAGGUCUCCUACGAAGAGCACCAGCAGCCUUCGGGCCCCAUCUUCACCCAAGAGUAUUAAUAGCAUCAAAACCCCUGUGACCCCCACCAACAAUAAUAGCAUCACCAUUGGAGCCAGUUCUCCAUCUACAUCUUCCUUCAAGUCAUUUUUCAGUCCUUCCAGACGGUUUUUCUCCAGGAACAAAAGCAAAGGCAAAAACGGCGAUACCAAGGGCCAGGAACGCCAGGAACCACAGCCUACCAUUAGCUCGUUGUCGUCGCCAGAAAAGAAACAGAAAAACCCUAUGGAGGAGAAGCGGAAUCCCACCUCGAACCACCAGCACUCGCGGACAACUUCACGGAAGAAUUCGAUGGGGUCGCUCAGCAGCGGAUAUAAGCUCAGCAAAAUCACCAGCUCGUCGUCGUCUCUCAACUUGCAUGCGUACUUGACGGACGAUAAUCUUUCGCUAGCGUCCGGAUCGGAGGAUGGAGCUGCAGACGACACCAUUGAAACGGUGGAAGACGAGGACAGCGACGACGAGGGCGAAGGUGUCAACGACACACUCAUCCUCAAUGAUGACUCGGAGAUCUUUCGCAACUACAAGAGCAUGAACCAGUACUUGGAUGGGUUGGACUAG